GGUACAAACAGCAGCCAGUCCUCGCGAGGUUUGGAGUUUUGGCGAGAGUUUGUGGAAGAUGGCGCCUGUUGUGACAGGGAAGUUUGGGGAGCGGCCUCAACCCAAACGUCUCACGAGGGAAGCAAUGCGGAAUUAUCUAAAAGAGAGGGGAGAUCAGACUGUACUUAUUCUUCAUGCUAAAGUUGCACAGAAAUCCUAUGGAAAUGAAAAAAGGUUUUUUUGUCCUCCUCCCUGUGUUUAUCUUAUGGGCAGUGGAUGGAAGAAAAAGAAAGAACAGAUGGAGAGAGACGGCUGCUCGGAGCAAGAGUCUCAGCCAUGUGCAUUUAUUGGCAUUGGCAACAGUGAUCAAGAAAUGCAGCAACUAAACUUGGAAGGAAAGAACUAUUGCACUGCCAAAACAUUGUACAUAUCCGACUCGGACAAGAGAAAGCACUUCAUGUUAUCAGUAAAAAUGUUCUAUGGCAAUAGUGACGACAUUGGUGUGUUCCUGAGCAAACGAAUCAAGGUCAUCUCUAAGCCAUCUAAAAAGAAACAGUCACUGAAAAAUGCAGACUUAUGUAUUGCGUCAGGGACUAAAGUAGCACUAUUUAACCGGCUGCGAUCACAGACGGUCAGCACAAGAUAUUUGCACGUAGAAGGGGGCAACUUUCACGCUAGUUCGCAACAGUGGGGAGCUUUUUAUAUUCACCUCUUGGAUGAUGAAGAGUCGGAGGGAGAGGAAUUCACUGUGCGUGAUGGUUACAUUCAUUAUGGGCAGACCGUAAAACUUGUAUGUUCAGUGACUGGCAUGGCGCUCCCAAGACUGAUCAUUAGGAAAGUGGAUAAACAGACAGCAUUAUUAGAUGCAGAUGACCCUGUUUCCCAGCUCCAUAAGUGUGCGUUCUACCUUAAGGAUACAGAAAGAAUGUACUUGUGCCUUUCUCAGGAAAGAAUUAUCCAGUUUCAAGCCACUCCAUGUCCCAAAGAACCAAAUAAAGAGAUGAUUAAUGACGGUGCAUCAUGGACAAUCAUUAGCACAGACAAGGCAGAAUAUACGUUUUAUGAAGGCAUGGGGCCUGUGUAUGCCCCAGUGACGCCUGUGCCAGUGGUGGAAAGCCUUCAGCUGAAUGGUGGAGGUGAUGUAGCAAUGUUGGAACUAACAGGACAGAACUUCACUCCAAAUUUACGCGUUUGGUUUGGUGAUGUGGAAGCUGAGACUAUGUACAGAUGCGCAGAGAGCAUGUUAUGUGUUGUGCCGGACAUUUCUGCCUUCCGAGAAGGUUGGAGGUGGGUCCGUCAACCAGUGCAGGUGCCAGUUACGUUGGUCCGGAAUGAUGGUAUAAUCUAUUCAACCACCCUUACUUUUACAUACACCCCUGAACCCGGACCUAGACCACACUGUAGUGCAGCUGGGGCAAUUCUACGAGCCAGCUCGAGUCUCCUAGCCUCCAACGAAUCCAGUACAAACAGCGAGGGAAGUUACACAAACGUCAGCACAAAUUCAACCAAUGUCACAUCAUCCACAGCAGCCGUCGUGUCCUAACCACAGACUUUUGUACCUGGACUUCAGCUGACUUUAUUUUUUAUCUUUUUACAUGGAAGGACAUGUAUAAUAAUUUUUGGGCUUUGUUUUACUUUUUUUUAUUUUUUUUUGUGCUUUCAUUGAGAAAAUAUUUCACCAUUCUACUUCAUAUUGCCUGGAUCUUGUGACCUGCAAGUGCCGAGCAAAAAAGCAGAAGCCACAAUAAUAAAAUUUGGGAAGUGGGUGGGAAUCAUGCAAUCGUACAAACUCCACUGAAAAUCUGUUUGAGCUGUUUUUUGUUUUUUAAAUUUGGCAUGAAUUCAAAAAUGUGGCUUUGGGUAAAAAAAUAUUUUCAGAUAGAAAGCAUGAGCAUAGUUUUACGGACCAAUAAACUCGUAUAAGCUUUAGUAAAAGGUACAUUUUCACCAUACCUUUUUUAUAUCACAACUUAUAGUACCUUUUGUUACCAAAUAGUUUUUUUUUCUUUUGUUAUUUUGUAUGAGCUUUUUGCUCUGAAGUAUGGUCAGGCUCCAAGCCUUGAUAUACUUAUAUAAUCUAAUUACCAUACUCUUCCAGUUUCUUUUUUAAUGAUAUAUAUAUUUUUUGGUCAAUGGCUGGAAUGAUUUUUUUUUCUUCCUUCUAAACCAGUCUUUUUUUAUGAAUGGAUUGUGUUUAUUUCAGCUGUAGAACCUACUAAAGGCCAUCAUAUUUUUUUAAGAUUAUAUGAAGUCUGUGCAAAA